CAGCUACGUGGUGUGCGACGGGUGCAGCAGAUGGCGCUACUGCAAGAAUAUCACCAGCAGGGGCGACCUCUGCAUCUGCGGCAAGAACAUCGCCAGCCUCGUCCCCCACGGUCAUGUCUUCCGUGAAGACGAUGGCGGGUGGCUGGCAGCACAGCCCCAAGGAGGAACCUCGCCCAGGAUCAGCUGGGCAGAUGGUUGGCAGCCAGGUGGUGGUGCAGGCGGGAAAGGACAAGGAGGCCAACGCCAGCCACCACCUCAUGACAAGUCAGCCGACCUCAAUGCUGCCGCCGCAGCAGCCUACAGCAAGCUCAACAAGGACGACCCGCUCAGGCAGCACUACGAGGCCCUCUGGCCAGAGCUCGCCGCAGCCAAGCCACCAGCAGACCAACCAGUUGCUGGAUUCAAGGCAGUGGAGGCAGCUGCUCGACGCUUGGACAAACUCCAGAAGAAAGUGCGAUCGGCAGGAGAGCAAGUUGAGAGUGCCCAGCAGUACUUGGCCGAGAGUGAACGCAAGCUUCGUGAAGCCAUGGAAGCCAUCAUUGCAGCCGAAUAUGAGUUCGACAAGCCCAAGGCCACAGUCGGCAAGCAAGAGGCACCAACUGAGCCUGCAGCCGAGAAGCCAACCCUGGCAGCCCUCCUGGAGCAGUUCGAGCACGAGCCCGACGACUUCCACAAGUGGUCCGAGCCAGACAAGGAGGCCUGGCGGGCAGCGAAGGCCAAGGGCGAGCGGAUGGCCCAGACGGUCAAGGAGCACGAGGAGGAGACGGCGAAGCACCUGCGACUGCUGGAGGAGGAGACGGCCAGGCACCAGGAGCAGCUGCGCCAGCUCGAGCAGGUGCCACCGCAUGCACUGAGGCAGCAGGGACAGCUGGCGCGGCUGCGCCCACCGGCGCCGCAGCAGCUGCCCAACCUGGAGCAGGUGCAGCAGAACAUGACAAAGCAGAAGAACGCCGAGCCAGAGUGGAGGCCCACAUCCAGGAGGCGCGAGAGAAGGUCUCGCAGGCAAGGCGCGCCGAGACAGUCGUCGACGCAGAAGGGCAGGGCGACCACUCAGCGGGGUAGCCGCCCCAAGGCGAGCGUGAAGAAGGCUCGCCGCCCGUGCCACAUUGACUUCUUCAACCUCGCGACCUGGGGCCCCCAGGCACAGGGCUACCUCAUGGAGAUCAACAACACCAAGGACAGGGAUAUCAUUGGCAUUGCGGAGCACCACCUCCGCCAGCCUGCACAGAUAAGCAAGGCAAGAACAGCGCUCAGGAGGAAUGGCAUGCACAGCUACUGGACCAAGGCACGGCCAGUAGAAGGAGAAGGCGCUCGAGGAGGCACGUGUGCCAUCGCGCGAGGAUCUUUGGACAUCCAGGACAGGAUUGCGGGAUUCGACGAGCACUACCUGCACGAAGACGGCAGCGACGUCACGGUGGUGAUCUCCAACCUGCACAAGGUCCGUUUCGCAGUGGCUUUUGUCGACCUUGAGUGUGGGGCGGGCUUUGGAGAGAGGAAUGUCGACAUCCUCUGCGACCUGCGGGAGAAGAUGGCCGUCUGGGGAGGGCCCUGGGCAGCGCUUGGGGACUUCAAGAUGACGCCGUCGGAGCUCAACAACAGCAUCUGGCCCAGGGUGCUGAAUGUUCAGGCAGCUGCGGCGGAGGAUGGCGCCCCCACAUGUUUCCCAGCAGCAGGGGAGGCCAGGUGCAUCGGCUUUGCGCUGAUCUCGCAGGGCCUGGCGCCGUAUUUCGACCAGCUGGAGCUGCUCAGGACCGUGCCGUGGAAGCCGCACAUUGGCAUCCGCUUGAAGCUGAAGGGGCGGCCCCUCAUGCUCAAGGGCAGGGUACUUCGCAGGCCAGCAGCCAUUAAGCCGCCAGUCGCAGUCGAGAAAAUGCCGAAGUCCAGAGCCGCCUGCAGACGAGCGGCGCGAGGGGGCCAGGAUGCCAUGCGCCGGCGACAGCAAGCGUUGGCAGAGGGUGGACGCGACCUGAACGAGAACGACAUGGAGCCAGUGCCGCAGCUGCACUACGACAAGCAGGUCCAGCACGUCAUCUCCGACGAGCUGUGGCAGGCCACCUCCGAGCGAGCCAGCGUGCGCGCCAACGACGAGCUGCCCCAGCAUUUGCAGUGCACAGUCGUCGGCAAGAUGAUGGAGCGGGGCAUGCUGGACCUUGGACAACAGUAUGACCGCUUCGCAAGCGCCCUUGAGCUCAGCCUGUGCGAGAGCAUCGGCAUCCCAGAGGAAGAGCGAGGACGACAUCUCGGGCACAGCAGGCCCCCGAGCUACAAGAGCGUGAGCAUCAAGGACACCGUCACCUCUACGCCAUGGUCAAGGGUCGAAGGGAAGGUCCAUGCGUGGUGGGCGGAGAUCUCCAACCUGGUGCGGCAGCUCUCGCACCAUGAUGCCCGAGCGCAGGAGGCAGCAGCAAGCCGACUGGGCAAGACCCUGGCAAUUCCCGACGAGUACUCAGGAGGUGAACAGGGCCCGUCGGCGCCUGAGCCUGGCCCCGCCAUGGCAGACAGCCAGGAAGGACGCAACACCAUGGACAUCCAAGAUCACGACCCCUUCGAGGACGAGGAGGACUACUUGGAGUACCGCCAGGAGAUCGCAGACCAGGAGCACAGCGAUGGGAACAACCAGCACACCGAGGGGCAGCAGGACAGCCGCGAGUUCGGCCAGACCGAUCGCCAGCACCCGCGGGAGUGGGAAGACUACGUGGCUAUGAGAGACGAUUUAGAGUACUGGGCGGCCACCUGGAUGGAUAACUUGGUGCAGCCCCCCGCGGACAACAGCAGCUGGAUGCAGGUCUGUGUGCCGUUCCUGGAGACCAUCCUGGGUGGCGGAGGCAACGAUGGAAUGGUAAGAUUGCUCAGGCGCAGGUACCACCAGGCUCGCACCCACAGCGGCAACCAGACGCAGCAGCAGUUCAACACCAGAUGGCAACUAGCGCAGCAGCUCAACCAGCCUGACCCAGGCAGGCUGAACGAAGAAGGUGCAGCCAAGGACCAGCAGCAGGCCCUCCUCAAAGACCUGCACGCGAUAGCAGAGGGCGCCCUCGUGGGCCCAGGGACGAUCAGCAGGGUAGCAGAGGAAGUAAAGAGCAUGGCCAAGCAGCUCACAAAGGCGGUGAAGAAGGCGUACGUCCCCUGGGUGCACGACGCCACAGCAGGCAGUGCUAAGAUGGCCCGCGCCUACACCAAGGCAGCGGAGCGCAGCCACCUGGAGGACAUCCUAGAGCAUAAGGGCCAGGUCAUCAACCACCCGCAGCAGCUGGUGGACUUGCGCAAAGAGGCGUGGCAACGCAGGUGGACACGAGAUACGCAGAAGGCUGAGAGGAGCCAAGAGGCGUUGACCAAGCUGAGGCAGGCGGCCCUGGCCCAAGAGAAUGCCUUCGAGCCCAUCAGCAGGGACAUCAUCGGCUCCAUCAUCCAGCACCUGAAGCGCAAUGCUGGCCAAGGAGCGGACUGGUGGAGGGCUCCAGGGCUCAAGGCCAUGGGCGCCCAGGGGCUAGAAGACUUCGUGCAGUGCCUGAUCAGCUGUGAGCAACGGGCAGCGUGGCCGUGGCAAUUCUACUUGGUGCGGGAGCUGCUGUUGGGCAAGAAGCCAGGGAUCGGCGGUGAGCCCCCUAUCGGCCUCAUGCCCAUGCCGUACCGCAUAUGGAGCGCAGCCAGGGGGCCCAUAGUAGCCACCUGGAGCAAGGCAGCGGCGGGCUUCUGGGAUACGGCAGUAGCAGGAUCCUCAGCGCUGCGAGUGGCAAUGCACAGACUGAUGAGGGCUGAAGCCGCCACGGAGAUGGGCUUUCAUGCAGCAGGUGUCUUCUACGACGCGGCAAACUUCUACGACAACAUAUGCCUCGACCAGCUGAUUGAGAAAGCCAGCGACCUCCAAUACCCGUUGCUGCCGCUGGCAAUGGCCGUGCAGAUGUACCUUGCGCCCAGGGCCAUCAUGGCCCACAGCCUCUUCUCGGACACCUUCGAGCCUGCCAACAGCAUGGUAGCUGGCUGUGGCCAAGCGGUCGACCUCACCAGACCGCUCUUGUAUGGCAUCCUGGACGCAGCGCGCAGGCACCACAUCUUCGUCGUCAUGCAGCAGUACCUGGGCGACUUCGCCCUGCAGGUAGAGGGUGCGCGGAGGCAGGUCAUAGACCACAUCAGGUACGUGGCAGCGCUGGUGCACGAUGGUUUCAAGCAGCUCUCCAUGCCCAUCCCCGUCAAGACGGCAGUGGUGGAGGACCUCCACGCAGAAGUUGCCAGCAUCCUGGACAGCCGGGGCACCCCCAACAAGCAACCAGGGGUAGUGCGCGACUUCGGCGUGGACACCAGCCUAGGCAAGCAGCUACGGCGACCCACCCAUGCAGCGCGCCAGGCCAAGGCCAAGCCGAGGGUGGCCAAGCUCAAGGACCUAGCGAAGACGGACGCCAGAGGCGCGGCAAAGGUCUACUCAGCAGGGGCCUAUUGCCAGCAGGCCUGGGACCUACCAGCGCACGGCAUCACGCCCACGGAGGCGAGGGCGGUCAGGGCCACGGAGGCAGCGCUCCUCACAGGCGGGCACAAGGCAGGGCGCUGCACGUCCACCAUCCUCCUGAUUCAGAGGGGAACGCAAGAGGCAGUAACACGAGCCAUCGGCGACCAGAUCAAGCAGUUCUGGCUCACCAUAGUCGACCACCCGACGGAGCUCAAGAGGUACCAGAGAGGCUGGCUCCUGCUCUACGCCAAGCUGAGCGCCCUGGAACCCAACCGCAGGCGGCAGCAGGUCAAGGGGCCUAUGGCAGGGGUCAUCGCGCAGCUGCUUGGGCUGGGCUGGACACCGCGGCGCCUGGACAGCUGGAUCAGCCCAGCAGGUGAAGAGUGGGCCUACAAGCCAGAUGACAUUCCACACGUCGGCGCGCUCCUGCAUGAGGUCCAGCAGGGUGCGCAGCAGCAGCUCUGGCAGCAGGCAGCAUACCAUCGCAGUGGAGAAGGACUUCAGGCUGGAGGCGACCUCUUCCAGCUGCAGCGCCACCUGAGGAGGAGGAGGCGCAAAGGACAGCAUGCAGAGGCGGCCAUGCUGGAGACUAUUGCGGUGGCGGGAAUCUGGACCAGGGAGCGUCGCAGGGCGGCCAACCUCAACAUAGAAGGCGACGACACCUGCGCAAGAUGCGGCGAGGCAAUAGAGACAGAGGAACACCGCUACUACGCAUCCCCAGCCAACGCAGAGAUAGCGCACAGCAAUGAGACCGACCUGGCGAAGAAGGCGAAAUACGCGCUGGACCAGCGGCAAGACAUGCCCUUCUGGCUCCGCGGCAUCCCGCCAGCGGCCUGGGCAGCCAAGGUCGACCCAGACGAGGACGCGGCGAAGGCGGCGCAGAUCUUCUGCACCAGCGAGAAGGCGCAGGCGGCAGCCCAGGCAGGGUACAAGGUUCGAGCAGACUACGUCUUCACGGACGGCUCUGGCGGUGCAGGGGAGACGGCCAAUGAUCCCCGCCUCAGACGCUGCGGCUGGGCAGUGGUGGCCUUCAGUUUCGACGAGCAAGGACGUCCGCAAAAAGUGGCCGCCUGGUACGGCACGAUCAGGGCACCACGCACGGUGCCACGGGCAGAGCUCACCGCCAUGAGCAAAGCCAUCGGGUACACCGCGGCGGCGACGGCCAGGGGGCUCAACAUAGUCAGCGACUGCAAGUGCGCCCUGGACGCACCCAAGCAGAUCCAGGAUCCUGAGGACCAGGGGAGCACAAACUACGACCUCUGGCUCCAGACGAAGCAGCAGCUGCAGAACAGCACGGACACCAUCAUGGGCCACCAUAUCCCAAGCCACCUGACAGAGCACCCAGCCGAGCUGGAGAGGUGGAAUGGUCCCACCUGGUGGAUCAUCGGAAACGAGAUGGCAGACACGUACGCAGGCUGGGGAGCGGAGCAUGGAGCUCUGGACCCAGCCAUCAUCGCGCAGCAGCAGACCAGGGACCAGAUCACCAUGGCGGUGCAGAAUCGGCUGCUGGCCAUCAACAUGGCGGUGACGGUGGAGGACCCCAGCAAGGCCCCUCAGCGUCCCAAGGCCAAGCGCCGAAAGCCACAGGCGGCAAGGGACAAGGCAGCCCAACUGGGACACGACUUGCGCAAGCUACAUCCGCGAUGGUGGCGUGCAACGUGUCGCAGUGGCCCAGCCAAAGGACAAAGCAUCAAAGACUGGCUGGCAGAGACGGGAGUAUGCCUCGGGAAGUACGGUGGCCACCAGGGCCAGCACGGCAACGUCAGGCUUGAUUUCAAGGCGGUGCAGAUCGGCACGCAGGUGGUGGACGCCCCCCACAAGACGCAGUUCACACAUGACUGGCUCUGGUGCGAGAAAUGUGGCGGCACCAGUUACCUUGGGGACCACAAGAGCAGGGUCGUGGCAGGAGUGGCAAGGAAGCUAGCCAGGCCAUGUCAGCCCCCAACAGCAGCAGGGAGGCGGGUCCUGGCGGACAUGCAGAGGGGCAAGCUGCCAAGAGGAGCUAAGCCAGCAGCAGACCCAGAUGAGGAGGAUUUCAACGAGAACACCAUGCCUGGUGACUUCAAGCUGAGCAUGAGCAACCACGAGGUGAUCGACCUGGACGGAGACAGUUCAGAGGCAGGGGACCCGCAGCCAGCUCCACAGCGGCCACCCAGCCAUCCGCACUCUGUCGUCCAAGCCAGCUGGAGGCUCGUGGACCACAUGGAGGGCUACGCGGAGCUGUGGAUGAACAAGGUCGACCAGGAGGUCUGGGAUGACAUGGGCGACUGGAUGGAGCACUGCGUACCGUACCUCCUGGCCAUCACCAACGUGGGCGGCAGAAUGGACUCGCAAGAGCAGACCGGGGCUGUCACCAUGCAGGGGCUUCAGCAAAUCAAGGACUUCUGCGAAGAAGUCUGGCGCAACACGCACCGCAAGUGA